AGUGUUGGACUUGGAGAGGGUUUCCCCAACACAUUGCUCUUUUCAUUCUGUAUUUAUGAUUAAGGAGUCCAAUACAAACAAUGGCGACCUCAAGCACAGAGUCCGACUGCAUCCUCAAGUGGAAGAACAGGAAGCUGAUGGAGAAAGCUGGUGAAUUCAACAACCUCUGGGCAAGCGACAUCCAGGUGCGCAAUCAAAAAGUAGAGGCAACGCAAGCCAAGCACCGGGCCCUCGAGGAGAAACUGGACACGAUCAACAAGGAGAACGUGGAAUUACUCUCACAGCAGAAAAUCUACGAAGCUAAAAUAUUCCUGCUGACACAGAAGAGGAAUCUCCUGGAGAACCAAGUGAGUGACUUGAAGGCACUUGAGGUCAAGAUGAAGAAGAGGAUCAGCGAUCUGGAGGAGGUUGAGGGGAACUUGGAGCAGAGACUGGCAGUACAGGCCGAGCAGCACAAGGAAAACAUCAAGAAGACGGAGGACAAAAUCCAUAACAGGUUCCGCGAUAAAGAACGGGCACUGCAGGCGAAGACGGACGCGCAACGCAUCGAGAUGGAAAACAUGGAGAAACGCGUCCAGGACAUCAAAGAUGAAAACAGCACGCUGAAGCAGGAACUUAAACGUGCAGUGCAACGGUACGAAAAGGAUCGUGAAGCGCACCGAAAAAUGACGGCCAAGAUCGAGUUUGACUACCAGGUGGACCUGAGGACGGCAAAGAUGAAGAACAAGGUGCUGACGGACCGAGUGGAGACCUUGUCGACGACCACAGAGGACAAGGUCAAAGAGAACGAAGCCCUGAGAGAAAGGCUCAAAAGCAAGACCCUAGAAUUGGAGAAAAAGCGGGUGGAAAACGCUGACCUGCUGAUCCAGAUCGAGGCGUUGACGGAGAAGCUGCAGAGGGAGCAGAAGCGCACGGCCACGUUGAAUGAGCGCGUGACCCGCCUGGAGAAGGAGAUGGAGUCCAUGUGGAACAAGUACGAAAUCGAGCAAAAGGCUCACCUGUUCACCAAAAAACAUUCGGGUUUGGUACUGCGGAAACACAACGACCUGUUGGACAGGAUCAAGUUCCUGGACCACCGGAUCAAGAGUCAACAGGCCAGCAUUCAGAAGCUGGAAUCUCAUGUAUCCGCCAAGUCUACCUUCAUCCGGAACAUCAGCCUGGACAUCGAGACGUCCAUGUCGCUGGUCAAUGACCCCAAGAAAUUCAUCAAGGAGAUCAUCCGCAUCAAAGCAAAACUGUUCGCCGACGACAAGGACUCGCAUUUGUCGCAAAUGGCCGAGCUGGUGUUCCAAGCUGUGGAAUCGCAGAAGUCAAGGUUCGACCGCUACGACACGACCAUCCACAACCUUCGCAAGCAGCUCAAGCAGAAGGAGCUGCACAUGCUGCGGCACAUUGAGAAGAUCGAGAAGCCCCGAAGCGAGCUCAUCAAGAUAGUCAAUGAACAACGGCGGGAGCUGGCCAAACUUAAGAGCGAGAUGAACCAAGUAACUCACACGCUGCGGGAAGUCAACAGCUACCUGCCACAUAAGGUCCAGUUGUGGGUCAAGCACAGGAUCAGUGGGGCGGUCACAACUGUCACGCCAAUACACUAGAACAGGCGGUGGGCAACCCAUGUUCAAACAAUUGUUUAGUACCUUGUUUGCAGUUGCAAGACGAAACCUUGAUAACAACACGAUGGCGGUGGCUCAAAACGUACUAGCCCCUUGGUGCAGAAUUUUGGUGUGUGCAACAUUUUGGGGGAGUCAAAAAUUUGGGGGUACUCCUUAUAGCAUAUAGCUACAUUGAUUUGACAGCCUUUACCAAACAAAAGAGUUGGCACACCUCUAUCUCUGGAAUCAUAAAUCCCACAACACUUUUCUAAAGGUAAAAUAUAAAAAUAAAUCAAAUCAGAUGCAAUUCAGCACUUGACCUUCAUUUCAAAUCAGGCCCAGUUUCAUUACAAAAUCGGCCUUAGCCCGCCCUCACUUAUUAUGUGUAAUUCUAGCCAGGUCUUGACAACAAACUACAUCAGGUUGUGUUUCACUUUCCAGUGUUUUACACCACAAUACAUGACCUCCAACAAUAGUGAUCCAGUUUCCAGGUUUCUGGUUUGCAGUCACUCGGCCAGGUUAGCAAAUAAGCUCCGUAGUAUGUAUACUGGUUAUACUGUUAAAGACCACCGUUGCAAUUACCUGGGUAAGGCUGUUGAUAUCUUGUGUAAGACUGCUGUGUGGUGUCAGUGUUUUUUUUCUGAUUCGGAUUCUUUCAGAAACUGGUUAUUAGAAACUAAACACAUCGUUUCCAUUUUAAGGUGAGGUUUUUGUUCGUGUUUUUCUUUAGAGCGACUGCUCGCAUCAAACUGAAUUCCCUUUUGAAAUAUAAAAGUGACAUGAAGGUUUUUAUAGGAAAGCGAUACAGUUCCUCUCCCUGGAUGCUACUUGAUAAGUGCAAACACCUUCAGCAGGUAGAACAACGUGCAAAAGUGUUUUGAAAGUCUUUUUUUUUACUCAG